GUUCAUAAUGAUCUUCCAACAAAUGAUUGGACAACACUUUUUCAACUUCUUUCAGAAGAUAAAUCAUAUCAAGGUGUGGCUAAUGGUUAUUCAUUUUAUCAACAAUGUCUACCCAAAAAUAGUCUUUCGAUGGGUUUUACAGCUUCUUCAAUGCAUUGGUUAUCAAAAAUACCAUUUAAUAUUACAAAUCAUUGUUUUCAUACAUAUGGUGAAUUGCAUGAACGUCAAGCAUACAAACAUCAAGCAAAACUUGAUUUUAAUUCAUUCAUAGAACAUCGUUCUAAUGAACUUGUAUCUGGUGGUAUUCUUGUUCUUAGUAUUCCAAGUUAUGAUGAUCAAGGAAUGGAGAGUAUGAGCAAUUAUUUCGAUCAAUUAUAUAUAUGUGCUCAAUCAUUUUUCAAUCAACAACAAUUAUCAAACUUUACAAUUCCUAUAUAUCUUCGUUCAUUAUCUGAAUGUAUCGAUAAUGAAUUAUUCGAUCGAUGUUCAUUAAAAUUGAUUAAAGCUGAAUUAAGUCAAUUGAAGGUGCCUACACUUGAACUAUAUCACAAUGGUCAGUUAACAUUUGAUCAAUUGGUAAAAAUAUUCACAAAAGUAUUUCAAAGUACUAUGGAUCCUUUAAUUAAACAAAUAUUGGGAAUGAAUGCACGUUCUAAAGAAGAAACUGAUAAAUUAUCAGGAGAGUUUUGGAUGGUAUAUGAAGAAAAGCUAAAAGAAAGACCGGAUCUAGUUAUCAAUGGUAAUCAAUAUGUAUGUGCUUGUUUGAUAUUAAAAAAAAUAUAAAAGAAUGACAAAUGAAACUUUUAUUUUUUACAUUUCAUAAUUCAUUUUAUUGUUAACUAUCUAAAUUUUUUUCGAUGCAUACAUUUAAAAAAAUAAAACUUAUUUUAUCCAAAUUGAUUUAGACAAUAGCAUUAUACCAAUGACAUUAGUAAAAAUAUGCUAAACAUUGUCUAUCGCCUUCACUCACAGAAUUGUUGUGAGUUUGACGAACGAUGAAACAAGUUACAAAUCUCAUCGUUAGCUGUUACUUCGUACUUAGUGAAACCUUCAAGAGUGCACUUCUAUUUGAUUCGAGAGAAUGGAUCAGUGGAUGUGACUGUGAGUAUCGGUACAGAUGUAUUUGAGAGUAGGCAUAGGGUGUGAGUAUGG